AAAUAACCAAAUUGUUUAAUUAUUUGUUAUAUGUAUUUUUUUUAUAGGUUUGGACUUUUUAGAAAAUGGUUCAAUUUUUGAGCAUGCUAUUACAUGCGCAGAAUUCGGUAAAUUUCACUAUUAUUUGCUCGUACUUAGUGGUUUAAUUUAUGCAAAUUGCGCUAUAUCUAUUACAAUUAUCUCAUUUGUUUUACCAUCAGCACAAUGCGAUUUCGAUUUGAGUUCUUCAGAUAAAGGCCUAUUAAAUGCCGUUCCCCUUUUAGGCAUGUUCUUAGGAUCUUAUUUUUGGGGAUGUUUAGCUGAAAUGCAUGGAAGAAAAAAUGCAUUGAUUGGAGCGUUACUCUUAGAUGGUAUUUUUAGUUUAAUAUCCAGUUUUCUAACGUUCUUUUGGCCUUUUUUGUUUUGCCGUUUCUUUAGUGGUUUUGGGGUUGCAGGUUACUUGGGAAUAUUGUUUUCAUACUUAGGAGAAUUUCAACCAAAAAUUUAUAGGGAAAAAGUAUUGUCAUGGUUGGAGACAUUUUGGACUUUGGGCGCUAUUGCAUUACCAUUGAUCGCUUGGGGUAUCAUACCACUAACAAUAGAAUAUAGAUAUGAUAUUUUUAAGUAUUCCUCAUGGAACGUUUUUUUAACAUUAUGUUCUUUACCCAGCAUCUUUUUGGCAUUGUGGUUAACUCAAUUUCCAGAAAGUCCAAAGUUCUUACUAGAGUGUGGUGAAUAUGAAGAAGCACUAAAGUGUCUUAAACAGAUAUAUAUGGAAAAUACGGGUGAACCCGGUGACUCUUAUCCAGUACGAAGUCUCAUUGAGAACGAAGUACGUUGCAGUAUAGUCAGUAUACAGUCAAAACGAUCACUAAGAAGUAUGAAAACUGUCAAGACCCCAAAAGACUUAAGAAACUUACUAAAAGAGAUUUGGUACCAAACUAAGGAAAUGUUUAAGCCACCACAUUUAAAAAACACUGUCCUUACUUGUUUAAUACAAUUAGGAUUAUCAUCUACAUACUACACAAUGAUGUUAUGGUUUCCGGAGUUGUUUAAUAGAUUUGAACAUUUUGAACAUGAACAACCUGGCAAAGACACAUCAGUUUGUCAAGUAUCAUCGGUAUACAUUAAAACCAAUGGGAACCUCAACUUAAAUGACUCGUGUGGAUCAAGUAUUGGCCAUUCUGUGUAUUUGCAUACUUUAUGGAUCGGUAUAGCUUGUAUCCCUACAUCUCUUUGGAUGCCUUUGUGUGUACAUAGAUUAGGCGCUAAAUUUUUUUUAGUAAUAAGUCUUUUUGUAUCCGGUGUUGUAAUAGCUGCAUUGAACUUCGUCAGAAAUUCUUUACAAAAUCUUAUUUUAUCGUGUUUAUUUGAAGCAUUUACAAGCUUAGGUAUCAGUGUACUUAUGUGCAUUAUGGUGGAACUAUUCCCAACUAACAUGAGAAUCAUGGCAGCAGCUGCAUCUGCUACGUUUGGUCGUUUAGGAUCAUUGUUGGCUAAUAUACUAUUUGGAUUGCUCAUCGAUUCACACUGCAUAUUAAUUAUUAUUAUUUUCAGUUCGUUUUUGAUAAGUAAGAAUAAUAUUAAUUAUGAAUAUUUAAGGGUUUGCAAAUAUAACGUUAGUAGGGUAAUAUUGGGAAUUCUAGAACCCCCCGCCUCACCCCUUCACCUAACCACCCACCGUUGGGUGGGCGUGGUCGGGGGAGGGGCGUGUCACACAGUGGGCGUGGUUUCUCAAUGGUGGGGGUAAUGUCAAGGUCAUAUA